AUGGUGGCAAAACUGCGAAUAUCGUAGUUUUUGGGUGAAAAGAAAUUUUAAUUUUCAAUCAAGCUGUGUGUUUAACAAAUCAUCAGCAUGGCGGCAUCAAUCGAAGUUGAAAGCAAAUUGGACUGGGAUCCGGAUCGUGCUAGCAACCCCGUGAAAUGUAGUGUGUGUCUUGGAAAAAAAGAUUGCAUGAACAUGGACGAUCCUAGCUUCAGAGGGCAGAAUGUUUUGGCGUACAUAACUAAGCAUUUAGAUCUGGAGCUUGAGCUGAUAGCUAUCUGCUUGCGUUGUUGGAGUAUGUUGGAUGCUUUCGACGAUUUUUAUGAAAUGGUGAACAAGCAGCACCACGCGCAACAAUCGAAUAUUUGUGCUGAUUUAUCGGAAGUUAAAAUGGACAGCUCGCCGUUUAAAGCAUCUGACAGUGAACGAUUUUUGUACACGGAAUUUGUGGAAAUCAAAGAUGAACCAUUGGAACCGAUCAAAGAAGAGGAGCAUUUGAGCGAGAACGCGGACGAAAAGCCAGUUUCUUCAGCAAUUGCCAACUUGGGAAAUGACCCCGUUGAAAUAGGUGCAAUAGUUUCAAGUAUACAAUCCGAAGGGAAACAUCCCCGAACGCUUCGAUCAAAAACAGUCGGAUCAGUAGAACAGGGCUCAGCGAUUGCAAUAAAUGCACCCAAAAAGAAAGACCCAAAGGAUCCCAAGGUCGAUAAAGAAAUAUUGGAGUUCUACAAGCGAUUGGUGUGCGAAAUAUGCGAUCCGGAAAAAAUGCAAGCUGGCGAACCAGCGAUAGAGUACAGUAAUCUGAAAGAUUUGAAUCGGCACAUGCGAAAAUUACACGGCCAAGAGAUGGGUCAUGUAAAGUGCCCGAUGUGUGAUAAAAAAUUCCGCUCACGUAUUAAACUGUUGGAGCAUAAGGAUAUGCACCUUAAUCCCGAUCGUUUUCGCUGUAAUCAAUGCAACGAGAUAUAUCAGAAUAUGGAAGAACAUGUCAAAAAUAAGCAUCAAGAACGGGCUUACUGCUGCGAAGAUUGUGGGAAGAGAUUCCCAACAAAGAGCAGACUCACUGCACAUAUACGGAAAAUGCAUACGGCCAAGGAUGUUAUUUGUGACCUCUGCCAAAAGCCGUUUAGUAAAUAUACUAUCAAAGAUCAUAAACGUGCCGUUCACGAGGCUAGCUUUAUGUGCGAACUUUGUCCGCGAACGUUCAAAGCACGAUUGCCGCUGGAACAACACCUGGAAGAGCAUAAAACAGGGCUCCGACCUGCCCCCACAGCCACCUGCAACAUUUGUGGUACAGUCGUUCGCGAUAAGUACUGUCUUUCAACACACAUAAAGCGGUUGCAUACCGACCAUCCUCCUGUUAGUUGUGGAUCAUGCGGGAAGGAAUUCAAAUCGAAGCACAAUCUAGGCGUGCACCUUGCCAACGUGUGUACCGACCGGAGUUUUCCAUGUACGAUAUGUGGGAAACAGUUUAAGAAAAAAAUCAAGCUAACGGAGCAUAUGACGACGCACACCAGAAGUGCACUGUAUCAAUGUCAGUAUUGUCCGAAAACAUUCAGCUUCGAAACGCAACUUUAUACGCACCGCAAACAGGUUCACCACGAGCAAUGGCUGGAACUUCAACGAAGGCGGAAGCAAGGGGAACGAUUCAAGGCGAAACGAAUUGCAGACUGAUCAACUGUUGUUUGCGUAAUCAUUUGUAAAUAUAAUG